AUGGCUUUCACGUACGACAGACGACAGUACGACACCGUAGCAGUGUUUGGCGUUUAUUACUAUGGAUUCUAUGAAGCGGAAACAGCCUUAUCUCUUAAAUUAUUUUCCAAACAAAAAAAUAUCGCCAACAGAGGUGGAAAACAAAAUACUGAAGAAUUGAAAAAACUUGUAACAUUACCACUCAGUCAAUAUUCAAAAUUACUUGGUAAGGAUGGAUAUUUAGAAAAACAUAAUCAAAAUCAUUAUCAUCAGGAUGCAAUUUUAAAAUCAAGUGACUUUUUAAAAACUUACUACUCACCUAAUAAGCAGGUUAAUAAUAUUCUAAACAGUGAACGUUUAAGACAAGUUCAAGAAAACAGAUACCGAGGUUACCGUGACUCAGGAAAAAUAAUAUUUCAUGAUACUGAAGACUCUAAAAAUUUAACUGAUCCAACUUAUUCUAUUGUGAAGAAUGAAGGUAAUUUUCGCGAACUUUUGAAAUACCGUGUUGUGUCUGGUGAUACAAAAUUUAAAAAUGACUUGCUUAAUUUUAAUUCAAAAGCUAGUUAUAUAUCUCCAAUCAUCCAAGAAGAUCUGAUUAAAUGUUGUAAGGAAGAAAUACUGUCGUUUAUAUUAGAUGAAGUAAAUACAAAUCAAUUUUACAGAAAAAUAACAUAUGAACGUUUCGUUGGUUUUAUCAAUUGCCAUGAUACAUUUAAUAAAAACCAGACUGCCAUUCCAAAUAAUGAUUUGUCAGAUACAUUGAUUGAUGACCAUUUAUCUAAAGAACCGAAGCUAACAGGAAAAGUACUUGGAAAUAUAGUAGUAUCCGAGUUAAAAGAAAUGUCACUUAACCUUAAAAACUGUAUAGGAAUUGGCACGUAUGGUUGUUCUGUAAUGACGUCAGUGUUAAGAGGAGCUGUGCAAGAAGUCCAGAAAAGCUGUCCAAAUGCUAUAUACAGCCCUUACACUAAUCAUGCUCUAAACUUAUCAAUUUCUAAAUCUUCGAAAGUCCAAAUUGUUAGAAAUAUUAUGGGAAUUCUCCAAGAAACCAUUUCAUUUUUUCAUUUAUCUUCCAAAAGGAAUUUCAUCUUGAAAAAUAACCUUAAAAGUUCCAAAAGUUCUAAGACAUCAUUAACCAGUUUGUGUGUUACACGUUGGGUAGAACGUCACACUAGUAUAAUAGACUUUGAAACCAACAUGCCAGAAAUUAUAGAAAGUCUAACACAUAUAUCUCAAUGGACAGAUCAAGUAUCAUCAUCUAAAGCUAACUCAUUACUCCUGAGUCUUAAAAUACCCGAAGAUGUAUCGGAAUCUAUUGAUGAAUGUCAUCCAGUCAUGUUUCCUACAAUUAGACAGGUUUUAGUAGUAUUAGCAACAUUACCAGUUAAAAACAUGGCUGAGAAGCCAAAUGUCCCAGAAAAGGCUGACAGGUUUGGCUUUGAUGAAUAUUCAUAG